AUGGUCUUGACGGCCAGGGGGUUCGCUGGCGUCCUCCAAGGACUUAGUUUGGCGCAGGGGUUAUACAAACCAUUUGGGUCGUUCACCGACAAACUUCCACUCUUUGAAGACGACACCAACAAAAUGUCGGUCCCCACCACUCAAGACAUCAACCACGAGCCAGGAGCGGACUCGGACCUCCAAGGACAACCAGCUCCUCCGCUCGUCACGCAACUCGAUGGGACUUCUAACUCUAGUUGCUACGUCCCGCCGUAUGACUCUUCAGAUGUCGGCUCCCAAACAUUCGCACCCUUCAACCAGUUCAAAGCCAAUAUCUACCGUUAUAGGCAGCAGCAAUCUGUGAACCUUGGCUCGUGGUUCGUUCAUGAGCAGUGGAUGACGCCUUCCCUCUUCAGCUGUGCUGCAGGCGACCAAGCUUCCGAGAUAGACAUUGCUUCUGGAUGGGGUUCUCCCGAGGGGGCUCGCGCUGUUCUUGAACGACACUGGGACACUUUCGUCAACGAUACCGACUUCCAAUACCUUGCAGACAUUGGCAUCAACACUGUUCGACUGCCAAUAGGCUACUGGACCUUGGGACCCGACUUCUGUCAAGGAACGCCAUACGAGAAUGUCUCUACGGUCUAUCAGAAUUCAUGGAGCCGAGUCGUGCGCGCUAUCAACACAGCGGCGCAAUAUGGCAUCGGCGUCCUGAUCGACCUUCACGGCGCACCCGGUAGCCAGAACGGACAGCCGCAUUCCGGAAUCUCUGACGGACAAGCUAAUCUCUGGGGGAACGAUGUGUACAAGAACAAGACCCUUGACGUUCUUACAUUCCUUACUCAGCAACUCGUCAAAGUGACGAAUGUCGCUGGCAUCCAGAUCCUCAAUGAGCCGAAUAACGUGGGCGAGCUGGCCGACUUCUACUCAACAGCGAUUACUACCAUGAGGCAGGUCGACCCGGCUGCGGCAUCUCUUCCUCUAUACAUCCAUGAUGGCUUCGACUUGAACCGAUUCAGUGCUUUCGUGGCCAACCGGACAGACUUCGUGGUUCAAGAUCACCAUUCAUACUUCGUCUUCACGCCACCGGACGAAGCGGAGCCUGCAUCUCAGCAUACUUCUGAUAUCUAUGGCGGCAUCUCCCGGUCACUAGCUGGUGCAUCUGCUCGCCAGCAAAGGAACUUGGUUGUCGACGAGUUCUCUUGCGCCCUAACCGACGAGAGCUUGGCGGACGAAUCCGAUCCUAUCGAAGCUCGUAAAGACUUCUGUCAAGCCCAAUUGGAUGUUUACCGGAACACUACCGCUGGAUGGGCUUUCUGGACUUACAACAAGGAGGAUUGUUUCUCGGACCCUGGGUGGUGCUUCCGCGCGGCAGUGGGACAGAGCCUUCCAUCGUCUUUCUUCACCUAUGGCCAACUCCGUCCUCUAGCUGAUCUCUCAAACAUCUCUAUCCUGUACGACCCGGCUACCACCCCGGGCUCUGCGUUAUAUGACAUAGCGGCCGCUCUCGACUUCGCGUCCAAUGCCACUUCUGCUACACCUUCCGCAUCGGAACCCUCAACCACCGCGCCCCCUCUGCGCGCCAUUGCCAAAGGUUACUCGGACGGCUUCCUCACCGCGAAGAUCUUUGCGCUCUUCGGGAUGUCGAAGCUCGGUUUCACCGGACAGUACAUUCGUGACAGCAUUGCUCUGCUCGGCCCUAUUGUCAUCAUGCCUGGGACGGAGCACUACUACGAACACUGGUUCAUGGCCGGCUUGACUGACGGAGAAGCUUUGAUUAGCUCAUAUGUAAACACUACUCAGCCUAUGUACUGA